CGCGGACGGACCGAUCCUCACGUACGCCAAGGAGAAAUCCCCCGCAGGCAAGGCCAAGACCGCGCUCAAGACGAUCCGCCUCUCGUCGAGCUCGCAGUGCUCUGUGGUCCCCAAGACCAAGGCAAGCACGGCGCGGGACCGCGAAUUCGAGUUUAAAGUGGCCACGUCGGUCGACUUGGCGCAGCGCGAGUAUUUUGUCCAAGCCAUCUCCAACGUCGAGAUGGCCGCGUGGAUCGCAGCGAUCAAGGCCGCGAUCAACGACUCGCAAACCAACGCGUUCCAUGCCGGCGGCCUGCGCUCGUUCUGGGACAAGACAGGCAUCAACGGGUUCCUGAUCCACUACGGCGUGCGCAAGUGCAGCAACCGCAACCACGUGCAGACGCGCGUGCUCGAGCUCAACUUUGCCGACCAAACGAUCGUCAACACCAAGCGUGGCGAGACGCUCACGACCUUGCCAUUUGCGGCGCUCAAGACGAUCCGCGUCCUCCAUGAGAACUCGGAGUGGGGCUUUGGCCUCGAAAUAUCGUGGGAGAAGCACCGCAACUGGCCGUUGUACUUGGACACGGCCGCGGCGCGCGACGAUCUGGUCGCGUUAUUGCAGCACAUUACGCAUGGCGACAUUGACCCAGAGCAGCUUCGGAAACGGUACCCGCAGCUCACGCUCAAGACGGGGAGUAUGGAGCGCAAGCAGGCGAGCCACAACGCGACGCUCAAAGGGCGCUUCCACGUCAAAUUGCACGAAGCCUUCUUGACGUUCUUUCCCGAGCACGCGACGCUGGUCCGGCCGUGGUUUGUGCUGCCGCUGAAAGAGCUCCGCGUCUCGAUGGACGCCGCAACUGACACGCUCUACUUGGGCCGGCACGUCAUGAUCUGCGACUCGGCGCUCGAGUGCAAGUCGUGGUACUCUGCGAUCGUCGCCGCGUCGAUUCUACCGCGCGAGAUCAUUGACGCCGAAUUGGACAAGCGCGAGAAGAUCCGACGCACGUGCGUGCGCACCGUCAUGAAGCUGCGAAAGCUCUUGAAGGCCAGCGUCAAGCCCGAAGGCAACGCUCCGGCCAAAGAUCAGAAGCUCAUUGACGCGAUGCUCAAGCAGCUCUGGACGUACGUCUUCCCGUCCGACGUCUUUGUGUCCAACACGGACGUGCGUUGGCAAGAAAUCGGCUUUCAACGUGGCGGGCCGCCCUCGGACUUGCGCGCGAGCGGGCUCCUCGGGCUCCACUGCCUCAUUUACUUUGUGCGGCACCACACGAAGCUCGCGACGUCCAUUAUGAACCGCAUCCGGCACGGCGUCAGCGAAGGCAACCUCCAGAAUUACCCGUUUGCGAUCGCGUGCAUCAACGUGGUCGCGACGCUGGUCGAGUUUCUUGGCAUUGGCGACGCGGGCUCGCACUUUGACGGGUGCGUCUCGAGCGCGCCCAAGACCUUCGUCGCCUUCAUCGCCAACGACGUCGAGAAGAAGGGCGACGCGGCGUCGGCGACCGCGCUCGGCCGCGCGUCGCUUCAUGCAUCACUGAGCCAGUACGAGACAUGGAACGACGUCGCCGGCGACGUGCUCAACACGGUGUUUGAAGACAUGUUUUGCCUCCUCUUUCCGAUUCUCGACCGCCUCUUUGUCGAGAUGGGCGCUGGCUACAUGGAGUUUGGCCAGGUGCUCGUCGCGUUUCGGAAGCGCGUGACCGUCAUCUUUGCGACCGAGCCAGCGACGUGGUCGGCGCUCCAAGUCCUCGCGACCGAGCCCGUCACCGAGACGCUGGUCGCGCCUAGCAUCAUCUCCAAGCAAGUGCAUUAG